UAUAAGCAUGGCUGUCUAAAAACAAAUACGAACCAACGCAAAAUUUACUUUCUUAUGUCUUCCCAUGUUUUCAACUCACAAAGUGUAAAGUGUUUUAAUGGUGUUUUGUAAUUUGUACAUUGAAGUUGAAUGUUGAAGUCAUCAUGCAGCUCCUUACAAGACUAUACAGUCGACCAUUCAUUCCAUGGAGGAGAUGUUUCCACGUAAGGCCCUCUGCUAGCAGUAGAAUGCACAGGGGGACCCCACAGAACUCAAACCUUUCAGAUUUUGUACAGGUGCACCCUAAAGUAAGAUCAGCGUUGAAUGGAGAUCAAGCAGUAGUUGCCCUGGAGAGUACAAUCAUUACCCAUGGCAUGCCUUAUCCACACAACCUCAGGACAGCUCAGGAGGUGGAGAAGCUUAUCAAAGAGACCGGUGUUACUCCUGCUACGAUUGCUGCAUUAGAAGGCAAGAUUCACGUGGGUCUCACAGACAGUCAGUUACAGGGUUUGUCUACAACUCAACAUGCAUUGAAAACAUCAAGACGAGACCUAGCCUGGGUAUUGAGUCAGAAAGUGACUGGUGGGACGACUGUAUCUGGCACCAUGAUUGGGGCUCAUCUAGCGGGCAUUCCCAUUUUUGUUACAGGGGGGGUAGGUGGAGUUCAUAGAGGAGGGGAGACAAGUAUGGAUGUGAGUGCAGAUUUACAGGAGCUUGGCCGUACACCUGUCACUGUGGUGUCAGCAGGUAUUAAGUCCAUACUGGAUAUACCACGCACAUUAGAAUAUCUGGAAACUCAAGGUGUGACAGUUGCAACAUAUGGAUCUUCACAGGAGUUCCCAGCAUUCUUUACAAGACACAGCGGAGUGAAGUCACCAUGUAACAUCGGGACACCUCGAGAGGCUGCUGAACUUAUAGAUACCAACCUGUCACUAGGUCUUGGCAGUGGAAUAUUGAUUGCAGUACCUAUCCCAGAGGAGUUUGCUGCUGAUGGUGAACUGAUAGAGGGCGCUAUACAGACUGCUGUGAAAGAAGCAGAUGAUGAAGGAAUUGAAGGGAAAGAAGUAACUCCAUUUAUUUUAAGCAGAGUCAACACACUAACACAAGGGAAAUCUCUCACAGCCAACAUAGCUCUUGUCAAAAACAAUGCAAAAGUCGGGAGUGAGAUCGCUCUUGAACUAGCAGAAAUCAGAAGGAAACGGAGAGUGCAUCAGUCAUCUUCAAACAUUCCACAUAUUCCAAAGAGACAUUAUUCCACAAAUGCUGCAAGAUACAGGAGUAGGAGUAGCAGCAGUGUUAGGAGACAGCUUUGUACCUCAUCUACCAGUCCUCCUGUAGUAAUAGGAGCUAGUAUUGUGGAUCAUACAGCUUCGUGUCAAGGGAAAGAGCUCGUGUAUGGAGGACAGACAAAUCAGGGUUCAUUUAGGAUUGGAUAUGGAGGAGUCGGGAGAAACCUAGCAGAUGCCCUGACAAGACUUGGAGCCUCGCCUGUCUUCCUCUCUGCUAUAGGCAAUGACUUUGCUGGCCAAGCUCUUCGCAGUAACUGCAGUCAUAUGGAUUUCAGCCGUGUAUCACUACGAGAUGAUGUGAACACAGCCAGCUACUGCCUAGUACUGGAUAAGAAAGGAGAGGUGGUACUAGGGAUAGGUGAUAUGGAUAUCAAUGAAACUAUCACACCAGAGUAUAUAUCAAAACAUGCUUCCAUAAUUCAAGAGGCUCCUAUAGUUUGCAUGGAUGGUAACAUUCCCACUGAGUCCAUUGAAUUCAUCUCCGGAUUAUGUGCAGAUAAGGACGUCCCAUUGUGGUUUGAGCCGACAUGCGUGAUGAAAGCAACCAAAGUUUGUCAGUCUGAUGCCUGGAAGUCUCUUACUUAUGCCUCACCAAACUUCAAGGAACUCAGACAAAUGUAUGCUGCAAUAGAAGGAGAAGAAACUAUAAAUUUUCAAGAUACUGAUGAUCAGUCUUUCACAGAUAAGUUGAGAGAAUGCCUUCAGCUAAGUCGGAUCUUGCUGCGCCAUGUCUAUUGUUUGUUCAUAACGUUAGGAGAAGAGGGCAUCCUGGUAUGUAGGAAUGCUGAACCUGAACAGCGCUUUGUCAUCUCCAAACAAGGAUUAAAGGACAUUGAGAUAGAUGGCAUGUUUUCAGCUGUACACUAUCCAGUCUCUUCAGACAUUGGUAGCAUCACCUCAGUAUCAGGAGCAGGAGACUGCCUAGCAGCAGCAUCCAUAGCAAACAUGUUGAGAGGGCAUGACCCUGAUUUCUGUCUCGGAUCAGGACUCCUCGCUGCACAACGCUCCCUCCAAUCCCAUCAUGCUGUGCCAUCAUCUAUCAAUAAAGAGCUUAUAUCACCUGACUUUGUUUUGAGUCACAUGACAUUGGAUCCUAGCAGACUACAAUGAGUGUGACAUGUCUAGUUGUGCUCCCUGACAUGUGUUUUAGGCUUCAAAACUGUAUUUGAUCAUGACUACGUAUGGAGUCACAUGACUGUAGAUCUGCACAGACUCCAGUAAAUGUGAUGUGCCACCGGACAGAACAGCAAUGUCACCUGACUAUUUAUAUGUAUGAAAUCAUGUGACCAAGGAACCGAUCAGACUCUUGUGAAUGUGGUGUUUCUCGCUGGAUGACACAAUUGAACCCAGUGGACCAGUGAUUCUGAUCUUUUCAGGUUUGUCACCUGACUGUUUGAAGAAUCAUGUGACGGUGGAACCUAGCAGAUCAAUUAGUACAAUAUUUUCUAGCUGGGUCUCCUGAAUAUUCAUAGAAUCAUGUUACAGGGAAAUUUAUCAGGACUUCAGCAAAUAAUGCAUUUCUCUUAUUAUCUGUGUCGCCUUAUUAAAUGAUCAUGUGAAAUUAAGUACUUAACAGAU